AUGCCGAUGAAACGCAGCAGCGGCUGUUCUGCCAGCGGCGACGUGUUUUUUAAUCCCACUUUGUGCGUCUCUCCGGGGGUAACGUGUUCAGAUUUUAAAGACCAAACUCGUUUCCUUCAAGAAGAUGAUUCUGGGAUUAAAUCAGAAGACGACAACGAGACACCAUCGUCUGAAGAUGAUCGCGACUUGGUGGACCUAAACUCAGACCUGACCAUGAAGCAAAGCAUCGGUUCCUCCAGGAAGACCAUCAGUCAGAUCAUCAAGGACAAGAAGAAACAAACGCAGCUCACUCUGCAGUGGCUGGAGGAGAACUACAUCGUGUGUGAAGGAGUGUGUUUGCCUCGAUGCAUCCUCUACGCUCACUAUCUGGACUUCUGCAGGAAAGAGAAGCUCGAGCCGGCCUGUGCUGCUACGUUUGGAAAGACGAUCCGACAGAAGUUUCCUCUCCUCACAACAAGAAGACUCGGUACCAGAGGACACUCCAAAUAUCAUUACUAUGGGAUUGGCAUCAAAGAGAGCAGCGCUUAUUAUCACUCUGUGUAUUCUGGAAAAGGUUUGACCAGGUUUUCAGGAAGCAAGCUGAAGAAUGAGGGUGGAUUUACGAGGAAAUACUCUUUGAGCUCUAAAACUGGAACGUUGCUCCCAGACUUCCCCAGCGCUCAGCAUCUUCUGCUGCACGGAAACGUCUCCAAAGAAAAGGUGGACACCCUGAUCAUGAUGUACAAGACGCACUGCCAGUGCAUCCUGGAUAACGCCAUCAAUGUCAACUUUGAAGAGAUCCAGAAUUUCCUGCUCCACUUCUGGCAGGGGAUGCCCGACCACCUGCUGCCGUUGCUGGAAAUCCCCGUCAUAGUCGACAUCUUCUGCGUCUGCGACUCCAUGCUCUACAAGGUUUUGACAGAUGUUUUGAUCCCUGCCACAAUGCAGGAGAUGCCUGAAAGUCUGUUAGCAGAUAUCAGAAACUUUGCCAAACACUGGGAGCACUGGUUAGCCUCUUCUCUGGAAAACCUCCCAGAAUGCCUUGCAGCUAAGAAGCUCCCCAUAGCACGCCGCUUUGUCUCCUCCCUGAAGAGACAGACGUCUUUCCUACACCUGGCGCAGAUCGCUCGCCCGGCUCUUUUCGACCAGGCUGUGGUGACCAGCAUGGUGCUCGAUAUCGACCUCGUGGAUCUGAACGGCAUCGUCUCUCAGCCUCUGCUCAGCACGUCGGCUGCUGGAGACCAGGACGCAGAUAUUUACUCCGAGUAUGAUUCUGUCACGGUGUUUCAGGAACUGAAGGAGCUGCUGAGAAAAAACGCCACGGUCGAGUCAUUCAUCGAGUGGUUGGACUCGGUGGUCGAGCAUAAAGUCAUCAAGCCCGGUAAACAGAUCGGUCGAUCUUUGAAGAAGCGAGCUCAGGAUUUCCUCCUCCGGUGGAGCUUCUUCGGUGCCAGGGUGAUGCACAACCUGACGCUCAACAACGCCUCCAGCUUCGGUUCCUUCCAUCUGAUCAGAAUGCUGUUAGACGAGUACAUCCUGUUGGCUCUGGAAACCCAGUUCAACAACGACAAGGAGCAGGACCUGCAGAAUCUGCUGGACAAAUACAUGAAAAACUCAGAUGCCAGUAAAGCAGCGUUCAUGGCGUCACCCAGUUCCUGCUUUCUAGCCAAUCGGAACAAAGUGUCCGUUUCCUCCGACCAAUCGGUGAAGAACGAGUCUCUGGGAGAGCACGCCUACAUUCAGCUGUCCACCAAUCGGCAGCAGAGCCUGGAAUCAAAAACAAUCGUCUACCAGGAGAACAACGCUCCCGGGUUUACAGCUUCAGGUGGUCCGAUGGACUUCUCUCAGGUCAGCGUCCCCCUCAUGACGCCUCCCGUCUCUCCAGCUGCAUUGGUGCACCGAGGCUCCGUCAUCAACCAGGCGCCCAUGGCAGGGAGGCCCCUGACUUCCUGCUCCUUCUCCUCAUCCUCCUGCCUCUCGUCUCUCAGUGUGAUGACCCAGCACGCCCCCUGCCCCCCGUACCAGGAGACCCUGUACCACUGCUCACCUCAGACCAGCACCAGUUAUUUUCCUCCAGUUAGCUGCUCCUCAGCUCCGAACGGUCAGGCUGCUCUCAGACCUCAGGCCCAGAGUGAGUGUCUGACUCCAGUUCAGUCUCAAGCUUCUCCUCUGGGCUGCCACCUCCUCUGGUACCCCUCCAUCAGCGACCAGCCCCUGACUAAAGACGUCUUCUACAACCAUCAUCCAUCAGCGAUCCAUCAGACCUCCGGCGGCUCCGACUGCUCCAUGACGCCUUACGGCUCUGCGGUGCAGCCGACGUCCAGCUACGCUCCUGGCUCGGACCCGAUUCAGACGGAACAAGGACUGGACCAGCAGUCAGCAGCUCACAUUGUGGACUGUGCUGAGGGUUUGGGCUUCGUCGGGACCGGGCUGAACCUCGUCGGUGGUGGUUGUCAGGGGCAGACGUACUCUGUCACAGGACACAAUGGUGCUGGUUACUAUGGCAAUAGCAGUUACCUAGCCAGCCAGCGGAUGAUGCCUCUGGUCGACCAGCACGUGUCAGUCAUCAGCAGCGUCGGAAGCCUGCGUCCCUUCCCUUCGACGUUCUCCGAAGUUCACGAUCCACUGAACCUUCUGGACGAACCAGGAAGGAAAACAACGGGAGGCUUUUACAGUGACGCAGAGCCCGGAGCCGAUCAUUCCCUCCCAGCGUCAGGUUCUUCUCCCUGCAUGUUUGGACUUCCGUUCAGCUCUGAUGUCCCCCUGAUGUCCCAGCAGCAUGGGACAACGUCCUCAGAGGUACAAGACCUGGUGUCCUCGCUGCCCCCCAUCAAUACUGUGUUCAUGGGGGCCGGAGGAGUGCAGUGA